UCCAGCAGUCAAUCACUCCAAAAUUCCCUACAACAACUUCUCUCUUUCUUUCUCUCCCUCCAUCCAUCUUCAUAAAAUCAAUCUUCAUACAAGCUUGAGUUGAGUUUCUUUCAGGAAUGGAAAUGGAUAUAUUCCCAUAUAAUCUUCAUUUAAGUGGCUCCCCCAAGAAGAAAGAUUCCCAGAAAAACCAGCCCUCAACAACACAAACUCCUUCUCCUCAUCAUCAUCAACACCAUGAAGAAGAAGAUGAAUCUCUCAAUUUACGAAACCUCUCCAAAGUUAUUCUUCCUCCUUUAGGCGUUUCGAGCUUCAACCAGUACCAGACUCACUCCAAAUGGAUCGUCGUGCCCAUGGAUUCGAGAUACCGGGGGUGGGAGUCAUUUAUGGUGGUUUUGGUGGCAUAUUCAGCAUGGGUUUAUCCCUUUGAAGUAGCAUUUCUAAACUCUUCACCAAACAAGAAACUCUACAUUGCAGACAACAUUGUUGAUCUAUUUUUCGCCAUUGAUAUCGUCUUGACAUUUUUCGUUGCUUACAUUGAUCCAAGAACUCAACUCCUCGUUCGUCACCCUAAGAAAAUUGCUAUGAGGUACAUUUCAACAUGGUUCUUAAUGGAUGUGGCAUCAACCAUUCCAUUUGAGGCACUAGGCUACUUGAUCACCGGAAAAGAAAAGGUGGGUCUAUCUUACUCGCUCCUAGGAAUCCUUCGGUUCUGGCGACUCCGACGGGUGAAGCAACUCUUCACCAGACUUGAGAAAGACAUCAGGUUCAGCUAUUUCUGGGUCAGAUGUGCUAGACUACUAUCUGUGACAUUAUUUCUAGUCCAUUGUGCUGGAUGCCUCUACUAUUUGCUAGCUGAUAGAUAUCCACAUCCAGGAAAGACAUGGAUAGGAGCAUGGAACCCUAAUUACAGAGAAACAAGCCUCUGGAUCAGAUACAUUUCAGCCAUAUAUUGGUCCAUCACCACCAUGACCACAGUUGGUUAUGGUGAUCUCCAUGCUGUCAACACUGUUGAAAUGAUCUUCAUCAUCUUCUACAUGCUCUUCAACCUUGGCCUAACUGCUUACUUAAUCGGCAACAUGACAAAUUUAGUCGUCGAAGGAACUCGUCGCACAAUGGAAUUCAGGAAUAGUAUCGAAGCAGCAUCAAAUUUCGUUUCAAGAAAUCGGUUACCUCCAAGAUUGAAGGUUCAGAUAUUGGCUUAUAUGUGUUUAAGGUUCAAGGCUGAGAACUUGAAUCAACAUCAACUAAUUGAACAACUUCCAAAAUCAAUAUGCAAAAGCAUUUGCCAGCAUUUAUUUUUUCCUACUGUGGAAAAAGUCUAUUUUUUCAAGGGUGUUUCCAGGGAGAUACUCCUGCUCCUGGUUGCAAAGAUGAAAGCGGAGUACAUUCCGCCAAGAGAAGAUGUGAUAAUGCAAAAUGAAGCACCGGAUGAUGUGUACAUAAUUGUUUCAGGAGAAGUUGAGAUAAUUGAUUGUGAAAUGGAGAAGGAGAUUUUUGUUGGGACUCUUCAAACGGGUGACAUGUUUGGGGAAGUUGGUGCACUUUGUUGCAGGCCACAAAAUUUUACUUAUAGAACAAAGACACUUUCUCAACUCUUGAGGCUCAAAACCAAUGCAUUGAUUGAAGCAAUGCAAAGCAAACAAGACGAUAAUGUUGCCAUUCUUAGAAACUUCCUGCAGCAUCACAAGAAGCUGACGGAUUUGAAUAUAGGGGAGUUAUUGGUGGAGGGAGGUGGAGAAGAAGAUGGAGAUCCAAAUAUGUCAUUCAAUCUGCUAACAGUUGCUAGUACAGGCAAUGCUGCUUUCCUUGAUGAGCUUCUCAAGGCAAGAUUGGAUCCUGAUAUUGGAGACUCCAAAGGAAGAACCCCAUUGCACAUAGCAGCAGCCAAAGGGCAUGAAGAGUGUGUUUUAGUUCUCCUGAAGCAUGCCUGCAACAUACACUUACGAGAUAUAAAUGGAAACACUGCAUUGUGGGAAGCUAUAUCAUCAAAGCAUCAUUCCAUAUUUCGGAUUCUCUACCAUUGUGCUGCAAUUUCCGACCCUUACACUGCCGGCGACCUCUUAAGCACGGCUACAAAACGAAACAACCAGACAGUGAUGAAGGAACUCUUGAAAUCUGGAUUGAACAUCGAUUCGAAAGAUCGCCAUGGCUUGACCGCAAUACAAGUUGCCAUGGCAGAAAAUCAUGUGGACAUGGUAAACUUGCUAGUGAUGAAUGGCGCAGAUGUUGUUGAUGCAGACACUUACGAAUUUUCUUCGACAAGAUUGAACGAGAUGCUUCAUAAACGAGAAAUUGGACACCGGAUUACGGUGCAUGAUAACACAACAAAUGAAGUGAUUUUAAAGAAAAUUGAAGAAGAAGGUGAGUGUGGAAAAUCAAAGGGAGUAAAUUAUGAAAGGGUGAGUAUAUAUCGAGGACAUCCUGUGGUGAGGAAAGAGCAUUGUUGCCAUGAAUCUGGAAGGUUAAUUAGGUUGCCAAAUUCACUUGAGGAGCUCAAGAACAUUGCUGGUGAAAAGUUUGGGUUUGACGCAAGUAAUGCAAUGGUGACAAAUGAAGAAGGAUCAGAAAUCGAUUCAAUUGAAGUGAUUAGAGAUAAUGAUAAGCUUUUCAUAGUAGAAGAUACAAACAUCUAAAUGCAAUCUAAUGAAAUUGUUUAUUAUAUAUCCUUAGAAGGAGCAAAAAUUGAUUCGGAUUAGAGAUAACUAUAAACUUUUCAUAGUUGAAGCUCUCUUAUAGUAAAGUGUACAAAAAUUAAACUCAAAUAGCAAAUGGAAAGCUCUCUUAAUAAUC